UAUUCGGCCUUCCAUGCGUUAUGGACGCAUGUCAUAGUGUACCAACGAGUUAUGAUGUCAAAAAUCUUAUGUUGUCGUGUGAAAAUGAGGAAGGUGUACCGCUGAACACUGAACACUAAAACUGUCCUAAAAACAACCCAAAAUGAGAGGGUUUUUACUCACAGCGGCCAGCUUUGGCCUAACAGCAUCCGUUGUUGGUCAUGCUUUCUUCCAGAAGAAACAGUUUUAUCCCUCUGUGGUGUAUUUAACCAAGUCAAACCCCAGCAUGGCGGUAAUUUACAUGCAAGCCUUCGUCAUGGUGAUUUUAAUGGGGAAACUUUUCAAAAAGGUGUUUUUUGGUCAACUGAGAGCUGCAGAAAUGGAGCACCUGAUUGAGCGCUCCUGGUACGCAGUGACAGAAACCUGUUUGGCUUUUACAGUAUUCAGAGAUGACUUCAGUCCUAAAUUUGUUGCAAUGUUUACAUUUCUACUCUUCUUAAAAUGUUUCCAUUGGCUGGCAGAAGACCGGGUAGAUUAUAUGGAAAGGAGUCCAGUUAUUUCUUGGUUGUUUCAUAUUCGUGUAAUAGGUCUUUUAGGUGUUCUUGCAGCCUUAGAUGUGGCAUUUAUGAAUUAUGCCUAUCAUAGUACGUUAACUAAAGGAGCUUCUGUACAGUUGGUGUUUGGGUUUGAGUACGCAAUUUUGUUUACCAUCAUUCUCAACAUAUCAUUCAAGUACAUACUGCAUACAAUUGAUCUUCAGAGUGAGAACCCAUGGGAGAGUAAAGCAGUCUAUAUGCUCUACACCGAUCUCAUUAUGAGUUUUGUGAAGGUCAUGCUUUACACAGUGUUUCUUGCCAUUAUGAUCAAAGUACAUACGUUCCCACUCUUUGCCAUCCGACCAAUGUAUCUAGCCAUGAGGUCAUUUAAGAAAGCAGUGAAUGAUGUGAUAAUGUCAAGACGAGCCAUUAGAAACAUGAACACUCUUUAUCCUGAUGCAACACCUGAGGAUCUGGCAUCUUCCGACAAUGUUUGCAUCAUCUGUAGAGAAGAGAUGGUGACAGGUUGUAAGAAGCUUCCAUGUAACCACAUCUUCCAUACCUCUUGUCUGCGCUCGUGGUUCCAGCGUCAGCAGACGUGUCCAACAUGUCGCAUGGAUGUACUCAGGGCACCUGUUGUUGUGGUGACGGGGCAGCAGAAUCAACAGCAGCAGCAGCAACAGCAGCAAGCACCUGCAAUUAUACCACCAUUCCCUGGCUAUCCAUUCUGGAUGCCCCCUUAUCAACCUGGAGCCAAUUUCCCUCAACAGCAACAACAGCAGCAGCAACUUCAACAAGCAGCUGCAGCAGCAGCAGCGGGAGGAUUACCUCCACAACCACCCCAGGGUGCAGCUGCAGCCGCUCCUGGACAGGAGGGUGGUGCUUCUAAUACAACCCCAUCCACUACACAACCAGCUGCAGGUGGAGCUAAUGCUAGUGCCCCAACUAGCCCCUUCACGCCCUCAUCGGUGCCCCCGAUGCCCUUCAUGAUGCCCCCUCCGCCGUUCUUCAUGAUGCCUCCAUUUACCACCCCUCCCCCUAUGCCACCACCAGACUUUGCUGGUCUGACCGAUGAGGAGCUACGUGCCAUGGAGGGUGCAGAGAGACAACACUUGGAGGCUAGGAUAGAGUGUCUGCGUGGGAUCCACGCUCUGCUGGAUGCAGCCAUGGUGCAGAUUCAACAGUACACUAGUGCCUUUGGGGAGUUCAGUGCGAACGUCCCUCCACCACCCCCACCUGCCAGUCUCUAUGGCUUCACCCAACCUACUGCAACCUCCCCUGUAACAAGCACAACACCCACAACCCUAUCCACAACUGAAGCAGACAUUACAAGUACGACACAAAAUGCAGAUUCAGGGGCCAUCCCUAAAAAGACAUCUACACCAUCAAGCCCAGAACCACUCUUAAAGAAAGAAAAAGACUCCUCAGCUGACCUGACAGCAUUGGACGGUGCCUCUGGCUUCACGCCCUCCACCGAGGGAGAACUUAUCCCAGAAUUUAAGGAGGAAGAUGGACCAGAGGAAAAUGACCGUGGUGAAAUUAGGAAACGGAGAUUACAACGUCUUGAAAGUUCCCCGUGAAUAAAAACCAUUCAAAGGAAAUGCUAGGACUAUUUCAAUGUUUUCGUCUUGGGGGUGGGGGGGGGGCGUUGGUGGAUGUACGGUGGUGACUUUUUUUUUUAAAAUUAAUUUAGUUUGUGCCCGAUUUAGGUUUGGAUUUUCUUGCAGGGGAUUUUGUGUGUGGUGCGUAGACUUUGAGAAAUACCGUCUCAUAAAGUUUAAUUCAGAAUUAUGCUAUGAGACGCUUUUCUCUAUCUUCGCCACUACUAGAAGUGAUAAGAGUAUCAUGUUUUCUGUUGUAAUUGGUUGUGACAUCACCGCUGGUCUGUACAGUCACAAUAUGAACCCUGUCUAUUCAUCCCAUCUGAAGGUUAAGUUAUCAGUGAUGUACACGCUUUGUCUACUAAGUGAUAUAUAAUUAGGGGAUAUUGGGAUUGGGGGUCAGGGUCUCGUCUGGCCCUUCAUCAUGUAAUAAUAAUAAAGAGUUGUAAUUCGCACAUAUCCACUCUGCUGGGUGUUCAAAGCGCAGUGACCCCAGAUACCCAUUUCCCCACUUCCCUGCCGCUGCAAUCUCAUUGAUACUGCCAGUGAUUUUGAUUCACGCAUCAUCAGUGAGAAAGUUAAAGGGGAUUUACGUGUAAAUGCCAGGGUUUCAUGAAUCCUUAAAAAAAUAUGCAGUGACCUUUGACCUGAUGGCCUUUGGCCUGAUGAACUUUGGCUUGAUGAACUUUGGCUUAAUGAACUUUGGUCUGAUGAACUUUAGCCUGGUGACUUUUGACUUGAUGACCUUUGGUCUGUGGAAUGAUGGUAAACACAUCCCCAAAUUUCAAGUAUUUUUUACUUCUGCUUAGAUCUGUGCUGAAUAACAGCUAAAUAGCAUGUGCACAACUCUCUUGCUAGAACGAACGCUGUGUUAUGCUGCAAUUUUUGACUGACCAAUCUAUCAAAGCGAGGUAGCUUUUGUGAUGGGGCUGAUAGCGUAUUUAUCUUUUAUUUCAAUUUUGUGUGAUCUUAAAAUACAUUUAAAGGGUCACACAUUUGGGUUUUCUUGGUUUACUGUCAAUCAUGUUCUUACAGGUUUCAUUUAGUUCAGCAUGGUAACAGAUUAGUUUUUAUGACACCCUUUACAAAUAUUCUGCCUUUUCAUUGGUUUAGAAUGUGUCACAUGAUAUUUCUUAGUUUUAAUAAAUGGCGGCCGUGUGAUGGUGCAUCGUUUGCCAUGUAUUAGUGCAUCGUUUGCCAUGUGAUAGUCCAAUGACUAUCACACGGCGUGCAGUUCCCAGACAUCUUUUUACCCACCUCAAACCCAAUCAGUUGUGCAUUGGGAAAAUUGGCAACGCUCCGGGGAUCACCUCGGGAGUCAUAGUUUUAACCAUAGCAUUCGAAGCAAUAUUUGUAUGAUAGGUACUAGGUACUAGGUACUAUUCUUUAUCCCGAUGCAAAUUUCUAUCUACAUGUAUUAGGUACUAGGUUGUUUUUAUCUUACACAACGCUUAUAAUAUCAUAAACUUAUGAUUUGAAGAAAGGGCUCUCUAUUUACCUCAAUCCUGUUUCGUUUUUCCUGUAAACCCAUGUUUAAAGAAUCAAAGGAAAACAAACUAUGAAGAUACACGUAGUUUAAAAAACCCCAUAAUAAAUUAAAAAAUAUCAAGUAAGAGACCCUUAAGGGAAAUGACAGUAAAUUAUAAGUAAUUUAGGGUCGUAAGGUUUUGGUGUGAUCCCUUGCUAUGGCAGUCCCAGGUUGAAUGGCUUCUUACUGGCACCCCUAAACAAAGAUAGAUAAUAGGGAGACUGCCAACAACAGGGCUCGAGCGGCCGCCCAAUACAUGUGGAGGUCGAUGGAGUACAAACCCCACUAUACUCAAUUUGUCGUUAUUCAACCUAAAAUUAAAUAAUAAACUUCCACAUGGAUCUCCUAGGUGAACAUUUUAGGGAAGCAAAUAUCAUUAAGGUAAUAAUAUGAUCACAUGUUUUACUGAAACUAAUGUUAGUUUCAAGGGGUUAAGAAAUGCAGACCAAAUAGAAAUAUCCAGUUAUUAAAAGUGUUUUGUGUCUUCCCACUAGUAACGUGGCACAUAGUGAAAUGUGUAAGUGUAUGUACAGAGCAUUCACAGCAUGAUAAGUGGAUGGUUUGAAUGGUCAGACAGUAGGAGGGUUGACUGUGUAUUGUGUAGAUGCAUUCACUGCAUGAUACCAUAUUGCAGG